UUAGGCUAGCCAUGAACACUGUAAAAACAAAGUGAAUGAAAAAAAACAUUGUUCAGAUUAAUAAACAGAUGGAAGGGUGGUUAGUUCAUUGAUGUUGUGUAUCAUUAUAUAUCUUUGGUGAGUGCUACAGGUAGAUAAUGGGUUGGCCUCAGAAUUGAGUAGAAUGAGAUUUUACCAUUGCCUUUAGGAAAUUGUUUUAACAUUUAGAACAGGAGGCAGCAUGGUAUUAUGGAAAGAACUCUGAAAUUGAAACCACAGGAUCUAAGUUAUUAUAUUGACAAUGUCACUUAUCCUCUUUUGUACUUCAGUUUCCUCAUUUAUUAAAAAAAAAAAAGAAGAAGAAGAAGAAGGAAUUGAGCUAAGAACUCAAUCUUCUGCUCUAGACAUUUGACUUCCUGUGGUAUUUUGAUGACCAAAGCACCUUUAUUACACACUUCACUUAUGCCUAAAGAGACUUCUGCAAGAACUUUCUUCAAAAUUGCUGCCCCUUUAAUAAACAAAAGAAAAGAAUAUUCAGAGAGGAGAAUUAUAGGAUAUUCUAUGCAAGAAAUGUAUGAUGUAGUAUCUGGUAUGGAAGACUACAAACAUUUUGUACCUUGGUGCAAAAAAUCAGAUAUAAUUUCAAAGAGAUCUGGAUACUGCAAAACACGUUUAGAAAUUGGGUUUCCACCUGUGUUGGAGCGGUAUACAUCCAUGGUAACUUUGGUGAAACCACACUUGGUCAAGGCAUCCUGCACAGAUGGGAAACUUUUUAAUCACUUAGAAACAGUUUGGCGUUUCAGCCCUGGCCUUCCUGGAUAUCCAAGAACUUGUACGGUGGAUUUUUCUAUUUCCUUCGAGUUUCGUUCACUUCUACACUCUCAACUUGCCACACUAUUUUUUGAUGAAGUUGUGAAGCAGAUGGUAGCUGCCUUUGAAAGAAGAGCAUCCAAAUUAUAUGGUCCAGAAACUAGUAUACCUCGGGAAUUGAUGCUACAUGAAGUUCAUCACACAUAAAUGAAAAAAGAACUGGUGCUGUCUGCUUAUAAUUAUGAUUUUAAUCUAGUUCACUUUAAAAAGUGUUUUCAUCACUGUGCUUUCAAAAGACAGGCUGUUAAACCUAGCUUAGAGUGUAAAAAUUACACCAUUGAAAAAAUGCACACAAAAUAUGCAACCAGAUGUAUAUAGAAUUAUUUGCUUCAAUCAAGUGCAAUUCAAGGUAAUUUGUACAUUAGCAUGUUCUGUACUUUGAAUAAUGAAAUGUAGUUACUAUUGCUAGAAUACUAAUAACUUUUCCCAGGACAAUUUCAAAAUUGUAAAUCAAAAAAGCAAUUGUAAUUACUAUUUUACCUGAAAUAUUAGUUUUUCUGCUGUGUAAUAUAUUCACAAUACAUCAAGUUUAAGUUAUUAAAUCCAAAAUAUUUGUAACUUAUUGUUAUAGGGCCUACUUUGAUGGCCUGGGAUGUUUGAUAAUCAUCAGUGCAUCAUUAAGGUAAAAACUUUGUGACCUAAAAAUACUGCUUAUGAGAGUAUGCAGCAUACGUUUAUGUAUUUUCAUAGUGAUUUUAUUAGCCUGAUUUUUUAUUAUAUUUUGGUCAGUGGUCCAGAGCUUUAAGCUAUUUUCCUAGUAGUUUGUACCUUUCUCUAGGUACUUACUUGGCUGCUCUUUCAACAUUGUUAAUUGAAGGCCCAAUUGCAUUGACAACAGAUUCAGAUAGUUUGGUUGACAUCUCUGGCAGUUUGCAUCCUCAUAUUUUUAUUUAUAGUGUGCAUUCACUUUCAAUAAUGUAUUUUAAACCUUAACUGAUAUUUUUUUAAACAAAUCAAUGUAAGCACUGAAGAGGUAACUUAAUAAAGUUAAAGCAGUUUGUUUA